UAUUAAGAGCCAGCAUUUACUGACCACUUGCUCUGUGGCAGGCUCAUAGGUAACAUGGGUUGCGUUAUUAAUUUUCUGAAAUAAGCACUAUUUUCACCCCAUUUUGCUAAUGAAAGACUUUUGAAGCCCAGAGAGGCUAUGUAAUGAAUCCAGUGCCAGAAAGCUCUUAAGUAGCUGAUCUGGAUUUUGGACUCUGCCAGUCUGAUUUUAGUCUUCAUCCUUAAAAUGAAGAGACUGCUUCUCCAAAGACAGGAAGGAAUAAGCUUAAAGAAUUUGUAAAUUUUACCUGACUUCGCAGAGCUUUGAAGGGACCAGAAUCAAAGUUCCAGGCUGCUUCUGAUUCAGGAGUAAUUCCUGAUCAUUCCUUUUCCUGAUCCACUUUGUCUAAUCCACCAUCACAUCUUUAGGCUCCUGCCUAGUAAAUCCAUUCAAGUCUGAAGCUUCAUUACUGCUCUUCUCCAAGCAGGAACCACUGCCCUGUCCUCUCUUACUUCCUAGACUGCUGACUGGUCUCACUCCAACCUGAUCUCUGCUCUGUAGCCAGAGUCAGUUUAAAUGAUCAUGUCGCUCCUUUGGUUAAAAUUCUUCAGUCUCUGCCCUGUGCUCUUAGGGCAAAAUCUAACAUCUUGACCAUCUGUUUGCUUCUCCGGCCACUUUUCCCACCACCUCCCCUGUCCUGCCCUGAGAUCUUUCUACUCUACUCUGGAUUUGUCUCUCAUUCCUCAUUGUAGAUUUACAUACAAUAAAGUGCAGAUACCAAGUGUUCAGUUACAUUUGUUUUGACAGUUAUGUAUACUCAAAUAACUACCACUCAGUAUAAGAUCUAGAACAUUUCUGUCGCCCUUCAAAGUUCCCUUGUGAACGCUUUUCAGUUUAUUCCCCCAAGCACCUUUAUUUAGGUGCUUUAUUUAGGACAGAGAAAAGGUGGGGAGAAUGGAGAAUGAAUGAAUCCCAAACAGGCUUCAUGCCCAGCACAGAGCCCAACACGGCUUGAUCCCCCAAGACCCUAGGAUCAUGACCUGGGCCGAAAUCAAGAAUAGUAUGCCCACUGACUGAAUUACCCAGGAAAAAUGGAGGCUGCUUCCAGCAUUUUUAAAGGUGAAAGGCCUUGUGAAACAGCAUAUAGAUUCAUUCAACUAUUUCAUCAACGUGGAGAUAAAGAAGAUAAUGAAAGCCAAUGAAAAGGUUACAAGUGAUGCUGACCCCAUGUGGUACUUGAAAUAUCUUAAUAUCUAUGUCGGGCUUCCUGAUGUUGAAGAAAGCUUCAAUGUAACUAGGCCAGUAUCCCCCCAUGAGUGCCGGCUGCGGGACAUGACAUACUCUGCCCCCAUCACAGUGGAUAUUGAAUAUACCCGAGGCAGCCAGAGGAUCAUCCGUAAUGCCUUACCCAUUGGCAGAAUGCCCAUAAUGCUGCGCAGUUCAAACUGUGUUCUAACAGGGAAGACGCCUGCAGAGUUUGCCAAACUGAACGAAUGUCCUUUAGAUCCAGGUGGCUACUUCAUUGUUAAAGGAGUAGAAAAAGUGAUUCUUAUCCAAGAGCAGCUAUCAAAGAAUAGGAUCAUUGUGGAGGCUGACAGGAAAGGGGCAGUUGGUGCUUCAGUUACCAGCUCCACCCAUGAGAAAAAGAGCAGAACCAAUAUGGCUGUGAAACAAGGUCGAUUUUAUUUGCGACACAAUACUUUGUCAGAGGAUAUUCCCAUUGUAAUCAUAUUUAAGGCCAUGGGUGUUGAGAGUGACCAGGAAAUUGUGCAGAUGAUUGGGACAGAGGAGCACGUGAUGGCUGCAUUUGGGCCCAGUCUGGAAGAGUGCCAGAAAGCUCAGAUUUUCACACAGAUGCAGGCAUUAAAGUAUAUAGGGAACAAAGUAAGGAGGCAAAGGAUGUGGGGAGGUGGACCAAAGAAGACCAAAAUAGAAGAGGCAAGAGAGCUCCUGGCUUCUACCAUCCUGACGCACGUCCCAGUUAAAGAAUUCAAUUUCCGAGCGAAAUGCAUCUACACUGCAGUGAUGGUGCGAAGAGUGAUUCUGGCCCAAGGAGAUAACAAAGUGGACGACAGAGACUAUUAUGGUAACAAGCGACUGGAGUUGGCAGGACAGCUUUUAUCACUUCUUUUUGAAGAUUUAUUCAAAAAAUUUAAUUCUGAAAUGAAGAAGAUUGCAGACCAGGUGAUUCCUAAGCAAAGAGCUGCCCAGUUCGAUGUUGUGAAACACAUGCGUCAGGACCAGAUCACCAAUGGCAUGGUGAAUGCCAUUUCCACAGGAAAUUGGUCUCUAAAGAGAUUUAAAAUGGACCGCCAGGGUGUGACUCAAGUGCUGUCUCGCUUGUCAUAUAUAUCUGCGCUGGGCAUGAUGACAAGAAUCUCUUCUCAAUUUGAAAAAACAAGGAAAGUGAGUGGUCCUCGAUCCCUCCAGCCAUCUCAGUGGGGAAUGCUCUGUCCUUCAGACACUCCUGAAGGAGAGGCAUGUGGUUUGGUUAAAAACUUGGCCCUCAUGACACACAUCACAACUGACAUGGAAGAUGGACCCAUUGUUAAAUUAGCCAGUAACCUGGGAGUAGAAGAUGUGAAUUUACUAUGUGGGGAAGAGCUCUCUUAUCCAAAUGUGUUUCUGGUGUUUCUCAAUGGUAACAUCCUAGGUGUCAUUCGGGACCAUAAGAAGCUAGUGAACACAUUUCGACUGAUGCGAAGAGCAGGAUAUGUCAAUGAAUUUGUUUCCAUCUCGACAAAUCUCACAGAUCGAUGUGUCUAUAUUUCCUCUGAUGGGGGAAGGCUGUGCAGGCCGUACAUAAUUGUUAAGAAAGAGAAGCCUGCAGUCACGAAUAAGCAUAUGGAAGAGCUGGCUCAGGGGUAUAGGAAUUUUGAAGAUUUCUUACACGAGAGUCUGGUUGAAUAUUUAGAUGUGAAUGAAGAAAAUGACUGUAACAUCGCACUCUAUGAACAUACAAUUAAUAAAGAUACCACCCACUUGGAGAUUGAGCCCUUCACUCUUCUUGGCGUUUGUGCUGGCCUCAUCCCAUAUCCUCAUCAUAACCAGUCCCCAAGAAACACAUACCAGUGUGCCAUGGGGAAACAAGCCAUGGGUACCAUUGGAUACAACCAGCGCAACCGAAUCGAUACUCUCAUGUAUCUGCUAGCAUAUCCACAAAAACCCAUGGUUAAAACAAAGACCAUUGAGUUGAUAGAAUUUGAGAAACUGCCAGCUGGACAGAAUGCAACAGUUGCAGUGAUGAGUUACAGCGGCUAUGAUAUUGAAGACGCCCUUGUUUUAAACAAGGCUUCCUUGGACAGAGGCUUUGGGCGUUGCCUUGUAUAUAAAAAUGCUAAAUGUACAUUGAAGCGCUAUACCAAUCAGACUUUUGAUAAAGUGAUGGGGCCAAUGUUGGACGCUGCUACAAGAAAACCCAUCUGGCGACACGAAAUUUUAGAUGCAGACGGUAUUUGUUCUCCAGGUGAGAAGGUAGAAAACAAACAAGUGCUUGUAAAUAAGUCCAUGCCCACAGUAACUCAGAUUCCUCUGGAAGGAAGUAAUGUGCCGCAGCAGCCACAGUACAAGGAUGUGCCCAUCACCUACAAAGGGGCAACGGAUUCAUACAUUGAAAAAGUGAUGAUCUCUUCAAAUGCUGAAGAUGCUUUUCUGAUCAAAAUGCUGCUGAGGCAGACGAGGCGUCCAGAGAUUGGAGACAAGUUCAGCAGCCGCCACGGGCAAAAAGGUGUUUGCGGCUUGAUCGUCCCUCAGGAAGACAUGCCAUUUUGUGACUCUGGCAUCUGCCCGGACAUCAUCAUGAACCCACACGGCUUCCCAUCACGAAUGACGGUGGGCAAGCUGAUCGAGCUGCUGGCCGGCAAGGCUGGCGUGUUGGACGGCAGGUUCCACUAUGGCACCGCAUUUGGAGGCAGUAAAGUGAAGGACGUGUGUGAGGACCUCGUUCGCCAUGGUUAUAACUACCUCGGGAAAGACUACGUUACAUCUGGCAUCACAGGCGAGCCCUUAGAAGCAUACAUCUAUUUUGGCCCGGUGUACUAUCAGAAACUGAAGCACAUGGUGCUGGACAAGAUGCAUGCCCGGGCCCGGGGACCGCGAGCCGUUCUUACCAGGCAGCCCACCGAAGGUCGAUCUCGUGAUGGUGGCCUGCGUCUUGGAGAGAUGGAACGUGACUGUUUAAUCGGUUAUGGAGCCAGCAUGCUUUUACUAGAGAGACUAAUGAUUUCAAGUGAUGCCUUUGAGGUUGAUGUGUGUGGGCAGUGUGGACUUCUGGGGUAUUCCGGCUGGUGCCAUUACUGCAAGUCCUCCUGCCACGUGUCCUCCCUCCGCAUCCCCUACGCCUGCAAGCUGCUCUUCCAGGAGCUGCAGUCCAUGAACAUCAUCCCCCGGCUGAAGCUGUCCAAGUACAACGAGUGAGGCCGGAAGCGGCGCUUGCUUACGGAGGACGACGCUGUGCCCCGCGCCGUGGGAAGCAGAGGGGAUUGAGGACCCUGCUCCUGCAAAUUUCUUAAAUGUUCUCCCUCAAAACAAACACACACACACAAAGAUGGAGAAGCUUUCUUUCACUGAAGACUGACUCCACAGCCUGGAACAGUGAGCCUCGGGCCACGGGAGGGAUACCACCAACAUGGACCAGAGUGCAGUCUCUCGAUCCUGUACUGAAUUUGAUUCACAAGUGGACGUGACCUAAAAGAUAAACUUUUAUUUGUGUUCUGGUAUCUUGAAAUCAACUCAUUAGACUUUCCUCCUUAAAAAGAACAUUUCGGGUUAAAUUCCCCACAAUGCCUUCCUGGCUGACAGAACUCAAGACUCUUACGACUUCUGUAGGAUCUGAAGCGUGUUGGAACGGCUGGCAUGGCCUCUGUCGAGAGGCCUGACAGGAGCAGUGUGUGAAGGGAGAGG